AUGGGCAUGAAAACGCAGCCUCCCAAGUCACCUAGAGUGGACAUAACCUGUUACGCAAGCCUUGCAUUGGUUCCCGGUGCGCGAGAACUUGAUCACGAUGAACGGGCUGUGAAGCGUGAGCAGAUGUGCCACUACGAAGACCCAGACCUCCUGACCUGUCAGUCCUGCCGCACCCCCUACUCCGAUCCUUCCAAGUGGGAGCUCAUCACCUACUGCGCCGCUUUCCUCGCCGGCCCUUACGUCCUCCUCCGCUGCAGCGAAGAGCCGACUUUCCCCGGCCAGUCCUUUGGAGUGACCCCGCAAGGCGAUCUGUGCAGACGGUGCACCAUAAUAUUCAAGGCCAGAGGAGCUGACAGGGACCAUAACAGCAGUAGCAGCAGCACCAAUAGCGAACCCACGUCCGACCCUAACCCAACAGCCACCGCAGACGGCUCAAAGACCCCACUGUCACGCAAUCAAGAGCGCCUGGAGCGGCUCACGCGCAUGAGGACCGCGCGCAUGUCGCGGUGGACGGCGCACGGCAUGCCUGACGCGCACGCGGGUCGGCCGGUCAACGCCGAGGGAAACCAGGGGGAGGAGUCGGAGUGCGUGCCGCACAGCUGCCCGUUUGGGAGCAAGUGUCGGUAUGGGUGCGCGUCGAUGCAGGAGAGGUUGGCGAGGCAGCAGAUGGAGAAUAUGCUGCGGCGGCGCCGGCCGGACGAUAUGGUCAAUGGAGUUACAAGUGGUGGUGGUGGUGGUGACGGGGACGGGAACGACGCGGAUGAGGUGCCGCCGGUGCCGCGCUGCCCGUUUACGCACUAUUGCCCGAUGCAGUGCAUGGGCAUGUAUUUGCGCAAAUUCGAGUGA